GCGAGGGCGGCCAGGGCCCCCGCGGCGCGCGGCCGCGUCACGGCGGCGCUGCGGGGGGUCUUCGAGCCCGUGGAGAGGGCCCCGGCGCCCGAGGGCCGCCCGGACCUGGGCGCGGGCCCGCGGCUGGAGCGGCGGAAGCUCGACUGGGGAAACCUGGCCUUCCUGGAGCGGCUGGUGCGGCGCGGGAUCCCCGUGGACGGCGACUGGAAGGAGACUACAUGGGAGAAGGCGUGCGAGGAGAAGGGCGCGCCGGCCGACUUCGCCGCGCCGCCGCCUCCGGACGUGCUGAAGGAGUUCGUGGAGCAGAACCUGUGCCAGCUGGUAAACAAGCCGUGGGCCAAGGAUCGGAGAAGAAAAAGCAGCACGAAGGAGGAGGCAGAGCCGCCGCGGCGCGAGACCAGCCCGCCGCCCCGGGCCGAGCCCGCGUGCGACGGAGCCGCGGCGCCGGCCGCG